AUGGCGAGCGUUGCUUUCCCUCAACUUGCAAAAAGCCAUACCCUUUCAACAUCUCAUACCUAUAGUUACGCCUAUCAUGCUCCCGCUAAUGUUUCACUGCCCACGAUCCUCUUCCUCCACGGCUUCCCAUCCUCAUGCUACGACUGGCGUCACCAGAUCCAUUUCUUCUCCCAAGAGGGAUAUGGGGUAUUGGCACCGGAUCUUCUUGGUUACGGCGAUACAGCCAAGCCCACAACCCUAGAAGACUACAAAACCAGGAGAAUGGCAGCUGAAGUCAUCGAGCUACUAGACCAUGAAGGCAUCGAUAAGGUUCACGCUGUGGCUCAUGAUACAGGAUGUAUAUUACUCUCCCGGCUGCCAAACUACUUUCCAAAUCGUUUACUGUCUUGCACAUUCCUAGACGUACCCUAUUCCAAGCCAGGAGAACAUUUUGAUCUCGCCACUGUGAAUGCCCUAACAAAGCAGUUCUUGGGCUACGAACGGUUCGGAUAUCUCGAGUUUUUCGCCAGAGCUGAUGCAGGAGAGAUUAUUGAUAAACAUUCCGACUCAUUCUUCACCCUCUUCUACCCACAAGACCCCAGUUUAUGGAUAGACCACGUUGGCCCAACAGGGGCGAUGCUGGCAUGGUUACUUCAGGACCGAAAAGGUUCUGAACCGGCAUACGUUAACAAGACUGAGCGACAAAUUCACCAGGACAUUCUGAGGAACCACCACGGCUCAGCACUGAAGUGGUACCAUGCUCUUGUAGGAAAUAUAAAUGAGCAAGAGGAGAUUCAAGCAGACCUCGACCCGGUACUCCCAAUGCCCAUCCUGAUGGUCAGUCCGCAGUCAAGUAGGCUCGAGCUACCAGGCAUUGAAGAACAGAUGAAGCAGGUUGCCUCUGAUUUCACCUUCGAAAGAGUGAGUACUUCAGGCCAUUGGGUGCAACUGGAAGCACGCGAUGAAAUCAACACUAUUCUGCAGAAUUUCUUCCAGCGGUAG